UAUAUACGCAGAUCCCGCGCGGAUAGGAAUGUGAAAACCUGUAGUUCCUUGUCCACAGUUAGCGCGCGAUCAUCUUCAGUGAGUCCGUGCUGCGUCCAACGGCGAAAUGAUCGAUGUGAAGUUCGAAGAUCAUGGCCAGCUCCAGCUGCUCGAAAAAGAUGAAACAGAGGAGGAAGAAGACUGCUUCGAAGCCAUUGAUAAAUUGAUUUCACUGGGAAUCAACGCCGGAGACAUCAAAAAGCUUCAGGACGCUGGGAUCUACACUUGCAAUGGCCUAAUGAUGCACACAAAGAAGAACCUGACGGGUAUCAAGGGAUUGUCCGAAGCAAAGGUCGAUAAAAUCUGUGAAGCUGCAGAAAAGAUAGUGAACAUCGGCUACAUGACUGGAAGUGAUCUUAUGCUCAGAAGGAAGGCCGUGAUUCGAAUCACGACCGGCAGCCAAGCCCUCGACGAGCUUCUUGGCGGCGGAAUCGAGACGCUUGCCAUUACGGAGGCAUUUGGUGAGUUCAGAUCAGGGAAAACACAGCUCGCUCAUACACUUUGUGUGUCUACCCAGCUGCCGAUCAAUUUACAUGGCGGGAAUGGAAAAGUCGCUUACAUCGACACAGAGGGCACAUUCCGACCGGACCGAAUCGUGCCGAUUGCCGAGAGAUUUGGGAUGGAUCCAAGCGCGGUUCUCGACAACAUCAUCUACGCGCGAGCAUACACGUAUGAGCACCAGUUUAACUUGCUGCUAGGCCUUGCCGCUAAAAUGUCUGAAGAGCCCUUCAGGCUUCUGAUUGUGGAUUCGGUUAUUGCAUUGUUUAGAGUAGAUUUCUCAGGCCGCGGAGAACUUGCUGAGCGACAGCAAAAGCUGGCACAGAUGCUCUCCCGGUUGACGAAGAUCGCCGAGGAAUUCAACGUGGCUGUGUACAUGACCAACCAAGUGAUUGCGGAUCCGGGAGGCGGAGUGUUCAUAUCGGAUCCUAAGAAGCCCGCAGGAGGUCACGUCCUGGCGCAUGCUGCCACCAUCCGGCUUAUGCUGCGUAAAGGAAAGGGCGAGCAGCGCGUUUGCAAGAUAUUCGAUGCCCCUAACCUCCCAGAAGCCGAAGCUGUUUUCCAGAUAACGCCGGGCGGCAUUGCGGAUGCCAAGGAUUGAGGCCUUUCAUCUACCACGGAGGGGGAUAAUAAGAGUUAUUUGCUUUUGGAUUGCUUAGUAAGGAUGUAGAAUUGUGGUGGACAAAGAAGGGUGUAAAUGAUAGCACUUUCUGGGCAUCGUUGUCUGAAAAUCAUUCUCACGUAGCAUUACGGCUAUAUAGCUUUUAGAGUAUGUGAUGAUUCCAUCGCUGCGCGCACUUAAUGUUUUAAAGUUAGUCAUAUAGGAUUGAGCACAUUCGCCAUCCAUUUUAGCGUCAAACUUCGUUUUCAUUGACAGAGAUUUGCUUC